AAGCGAGGGUUUUUUGUUUGUAGCUAUCAGUAUAGUAAAACAUGGACAGGUUUCUGAUAAUAGGAUCGGUCCUCAGUGUUCUGACCGGAACAGCUAUUGCCCUUUUAAAACAUCCUAAGUCAUGGUCGGGAUGGAGUGGCACCCCAACACCAGCACCAUGGUCUAGUUGGUCAGGAACUCCUACGCCGGCACCCUGGUCUAGUUGGUCAGGAACUCCAACGCCUGCCCCUUGGUCUAGUUGGUCAGGAACUCCAACGCCUACACCUUGGUCUAGUUGGUCAGGAACUUCAACACCAAAGCCAUGGUCCGGAUGGACAGGAACUCCAACACCAUCGCCUUGGACAAGUUGGACGAAGACAACAACAACAACAACACCAAAGCCAUGGUCCGGAUGGACAGGAACUCCAACACCAUCGCCUUGGACAAGUUGGACGAAGACAACAACAACACCAAAGCCUUGGUCCGGUUGGACAGGAACUCCAACACCAUCGCCUUGGUCCAGUUGGACGAAAACAACACCAAAGCCUUGGAGUGCAUGGUCAGGAUAAUAUAUUUAAGAAGGAAAGCUGUCUUAAUCUUCAAGCCACAAAGAAAUAUAUGAAAUAAAAU